AAGAUGUCUAACAAUCCAACAGUGGAAAAUUAACCAAUAAGAAAUGAUCUUAUCAUAAAGAGGAAAAUGAGUGGAUAAUAUUAAUUGAAAUCUCAGAGCAAGCUUCAAGGCAGCCAUGGCUUCCAUUUCAUGCACAACUCCUUCUACGAGCUUAUUCUGCUCUACCACCAAACCCAUCAACAGUUCUUCUUCUUCCCAACUAAGUCUCUCCUCUAGGUUUCUUGGAACUCGGGUUGUGAAGCUCCGGAUCCGACUCGGUCCCUCCUACGGGUCGAGAGCUACUUGCUGGUUUAAGUUUGGAAAGAACGGCGUCGAUGCUGAGAAUGCCGGAAUCUAUGGCAGCCAAUCACGGGAUGAUUUCGACAGGGACGACGUCGAGCAGUAUUUCAACUACAUGGGAAUGCUUGCGGUGGAAGGUACCUAUGACAAAAUGGAGGCUCUUCUCAACCAAAACAUUCACCCUGUCGAUAUCCUUUUGAUGUUGGCAGCCUCAGAAGGAGACAAGCCUAAGAUCGAGGAGCUUCUCAGAGCCGGUGCUGACUACACGGUUAAGGACGCUGAUGGAAGAACCGCACUUGACCGAGCCAGCAGCGAGGAGAUCCGUGAUUUGAUCCUUGGAUCUCUCACUCAAAAAGCUUGACAAAUCUUCAAUAGCUUUUUCUUACAGAGGAUUCGUGUCUGAUUGGUACCUCUAUAGUUAAAAUCUCAAUUGUCUCAAUGUUUUUCUUUUAAAUUUGGUCCAACGCCUCAAGUAGCUUCAA